GCUUGGGGGGCAGGGCGGGUCCUAGCAACGUUUAAACCGAGGCUUCUGUUCGAGCGUUUUGCUGACCGCUCUGUGUAGGGUUGUUUCCUGCCAGUAACCGGUCCAGGCGUUUCACCUCUAGAAGAGCCUCAAGCCUUUUGCCUGGCACUUGUAAGCGAGCUGGACCUGCCAACUGAAUUCUGCCUGCUGCUGGUUCUGGUCUGUGGCGCAAAGGGCAGCCACAUGUCCGUCUCGCGGUCUUGCAGACAGGGAAGGAAAUAAAGCUCCAUGUAUUACGACGAGGACGGGGACCUUGCCCAUGAAUUCUAUGAGGAGACAAUUGUCACCAAGAAUGGCAGGAAGCGCGCCAAACUGAGAAGGAUCCACAAGAACCUGAUACCUCAGGGUAUAGUGAAGCUGGAGCACCCUCGCAUUCACGUGGAUUUCCCCGUUAUCAUCUGUGAGGUCUGAGCUGCGGCGCCAGUGCACCCUACCUGCCCAGCCGUGCCACACCUGAUGCCACCCCCCAAGGCUGCCUUGUGCCCGGAACUGCAGGGGACUAUGAGCACAGACACGCCCUCUGGAGCACCCUUGGCCAGGAGGAGAUGGGGUGGCGCAAAAUCAGCUGCUUACAUGGCAUAGAAUUGGCAAGGGCUCUGCUCACAAGCCAGCCGAGACGCGUGACCUUGCUUAGCAAUGUGCUUACUGAGCCUGUCGCCUGAGAGCGGAGAUUUAAAUCCUUAGGACUCCAUGUGAGGUUUGGCUGGGUCGCUGAACUGCCAUGGCAGCAGUGUUUGAGGGUUUAAAGGGAGAGCCAGCCUGCGCCUGUUGCUGAACGUAAUCCCUGCUUCUCAGGUACCUGCCCCUGGUAAUUCACCUCGGGGGGGCGGGGGCAGACCCCUAAUGCCCCUGUCCUACAAAGCAGUGAUGAAUAAAAGGCUAGUGGUGAUGUUUAUCCUUGGGAGGGGUGGGGUUGGUUGUGCAGUGCUGCCCCCAGGUUGGUCUGGAAAUGGUGGGUAAAUGAGGCGGUCUGAGGUGGAGCUAACCUUGAGAUCCCCACUGAAAUGGAGUAGUGCUCCUUGAAGGGAGGAGACCGGAUUUCAUUGCCUCCGACUCAGUCUCCUCUCUUACACGGCCCCCUCCUGCCCCGCUUUGUUUUGUACUUCCCAGUGAUAUGGCUCAUCUGGUCCCCAGAAGCCUUUCCUGCAGCUCUAGGUACCAGCUGGUGGUUCCCAGCCCUCCGAAAAUCCCUUCGCCAGGGAUGGUGCAGAGCCAGCUGACCAAACAGUCCGAGCUUUGCAGCCGGAGCCAUGGAGGCUGCUGGAAGCAGCUGUAGUGUUCAGAGCUGAGUGACUGGGCUGGUAGCCCAUGGGAGCCUGUGCAGCUUUGUGGGUAGGGUUGGCACAGCAAGGCUUACCUUGCCAGGGCCUGCCUUGGCGGGAGCAGGCUGCGCUCUACAGAGAAGCUUUCUUCUGUCUCCUGAACCCCCGGCGCAUUGGAGUGUGGCCUCUUGCAUUAGCCACAGCGUUUAUUUGGGGCUCAGUCCCUCUCAGAACGUGGUUCCGGGUAACUGCCACAUGCUGGUCACUCGUGCCCAGGGCAGGCAGCCUGGCUCGCCUGCCCGGCGCUCUGAGCGUGCCAGGCCAGCUUUGAUCACUACCACAAUCAAUUGGCGUCUGCCCCCUCUGGUCUUGGGAAUCGCCCUGCAGAUACGAAACCUGGGUUCAUCCCCUGCUCCCAAUCCUCCCUUUCUCCCUGGGGGAGGGGGGGGAGGAAGGUUCUCUUCCCUACCCAACUUGAUAAACACAUGGCUGAUGGGGCAGCCCCUCUGCCAGCUGGCUUCGUGGUGGCAGCAUUGACUCUGUGCAGUGAUGCAUCUGCCACUUCUUCCUUGGCAGGACUGAGCCCUAGCUGGCUGCUCCGGGGUCGGGGCAGAAGUGCCCCUUCCCUACGGGUUACACAGGAACGGGCAGCCUGGUGCGCACAAGCAGGCCAUCGAGAUCUGUCCCGCUUUACCCUUCCCACCUCCCCAGGAACUCUUGUGAAGCUUUAAAACUGGAUUGCGCCGUGGCUCCUGCAGCAGUCCUCUCCUUCCCCCUCCCAGAGCAUGUCACUUACUUUCGGAGCACUUCAGGCAUUUGCUACCUCGAUUUUUAAUUUAACUGCUGGUACCAAGUGGCUAGCAGCAUCCGUGUGUCUGUAUUGGAUGUGUCCAUCCCCCUGCCCUGGGAAGAGUUCUAAGGGCGCUGUGCCACCCUGCUAGGCUUCUGGGAGUUAGCUAGAGCAAGGCAGGCGCUGUCAGACGGGCUUCCCAUUGCCCCGCGGCAACCUGUUCCCUGGUCGCGCUCUGUAGCAGUUGGAGUGAAACUACAGCACGGAGGGUCCAGAGGCUCUGGGCCUGCACCCGAGUGGGCACGGAAACGGGUUCCCGCAGCUGGAGUGCUUGUUGCAGCUCCUGCAGGGAGCACGUUAGGCUGAACUUUUCCUUCUGGAUCAGUGCUGUGCUCUGGCACCUGCUCACAAGAGUCACUGCUCUUUUCAGUUUCUUCCUUGCACCGACCAGUCCCUGGCAGGGGACUUGGGUUCAUCUCCCAGAUCCUGCAAGCGGCACAUUGCCGGUUGCAUUACACCGUCUCCAGCAAAGGAGGGGUCACGCUGGGUGAGGCUGUCGCAGCCCAGGGCCUCCGCUUCAAUACGGGAACACUUAGCUCUGAAAAAACUGCCCCCUUGCUGCUGCUUUUUGGGGGGAGGGAGGGUAGGAGACCGCUUGUGCUGGGAGCCCCCCUCUGGCUUCUCUUGCUGGGGGCAAGAGGCUGCAGGGAGCCAUUGGCCUCCCCCCAAGAGGAGAGCAGUAUUGGUUAGGUCCUGAGUGGGAGGGGGGGGAUCUAGCUCAAGGGAAGCAAGGAGAGGUCUGGUCUGGAGGAGCAUGCAUGUGGGGAGCGAGGGGGCUUCUGGCCCAGGUCGCCUUCCCCCCCCAUGUGGCCAAGAGCAGGCACCAGCUCCCAUGGGGGGGGUUGUACCAGGGCUGUAGGAUGUCCCCUUGUCCUUGGGCUGGACAGGUUUGGGGCAGCAGGCUUAGAUCCGUGUGCCGAAGGCCAACCUGGCCUAGGGCAGCAUAGUGAGUGCCACUGGGGGGCCGGCCGUGUCGCCAGCCCUUGCUGGGGGAAUGGGCAGGAGUUGCCCACUGCACAGAGGUGCCCGGCCAAGACUGAGAGGCACUGGGCAUGUCUGCGCUGCAGUGACACACAGGUGGAGGACUCGGGCUGUUUGUGCAGUGGAGGCGCUCAGGUCCGGGCGCUAGGACCCUGGGAGGUGGGAGGGUCUGAGCCUGCAAGUCUACACCGCAAUUAAAUAGCCCCGGAGCCCCAGUCAACUGGCUCAGGCCAGCUGCGGUGUCUGAUUGCAGAGCAGACAUACCACUGUACAGCGAGUAGCGCCUCUGUUUCUCCGUCUGGCCCUAGCAGAGCAGCUGAACCCUCCUGUUCCGUUAUUGGCCACCUGGCUUCUGAAUUGGGAGAGGCAGGCAGAGCACCCUUUGCUCAGUGAAGCACCCUGGGUAACCUGUGCCCCUUUUCACUGCCCUCUGGCUGCUCCGAGAACCCCCCUCUCCGCACACAGAGCGAUCCCACGGGAACAUUCCCCCAAGGAAGGAUUCUUUCCACCCUGCUUCUGAGGGAGGCAGCAGACACCCUGACGCUGCCUACCCCUCUUUCUGGGCUGGCUAGCCCACUGGGAUUGGAGCGGGGCAGCCAGCCUGUGAGGAUUCUAGAAUCCCAGCCCAGCUGUUUCCUAGUAGCUCCAGUCUCCUGACCCUCCCCAGACAGGAUGAGAGGGACCCUUGGGAGUGGCUGACGGGAUAUUUAAAAUGUGAAGGUGACUGUAAAUAGUAUCUGUGUCCACUGUAUUGUUGGAGCAAGCAAAAAACACUUCGUUUUUUUGGUUUUUUUACGACUUCUUUCUGUGCAACUUUGUGCUGUUAAGUGUGGAUGUGUAGAAUUGUAGCCACCAACACUACACUUUCAGUUCCUCUAGCCAAGGGGUAGGAGUUUCCGAUUCAAACAUACAAUAUUUAUGGGUCUCCUUCCUCGGCAUUUGUCCGGUUUUGUUAAAUUUCAAUAAAACUCUUUCUAGAUCCCCCAA